AGGAGGUGGCCAUGGUGGGGAGCUGUCGGUGCGGCCGAGCUUCUGGGAAAAGUCACUGAGUUAUGGUGAAAAGGAUGAAAAAAAGAUGAAUAAAGGGAUGAGUGGUCACAAGACGCACCGAUGCCAGCUCUGACUGGGGGGGACAUCGGCACUCACCACCGGAGCACUGUGGGAUCUCUGUCUGCCACAGCCGCAGAGCGCACAACCCCCCGCCGCCUGCUGCUGUCCAGAGCCCUGCACUCCUCUCUCCACAGCUCGUUUCGCCCUUUCGGUAAUUCAGCCAAUACAAGUGUGCGGGAGGUGUUUUGUCCUCCCGCAGCCGCCGUUGUGAUGGGAGAGAACAUGUCCAAGCGCCUGAAGCUGCUGUCCUCAGACGCUGAGAUGGAGGAGCGCUCUUUCCCAAACCCGUACCCAGACUGGGACCCAGGCACGGCCAGCUCCCCUGUAGAGGCACACGCGGACCCCCGGGAGCCGAUCGACGAUGGCAAGGUUAGUGCAUCAUUCCAGAUGAGAGUGCAGAGUAAGAUAAAGGACCUACUGCAACAGAUGGAGGAGGGUCUGAAGACCGCAGACCCUCACGACUUCUCAGCCUACACUGGAUGGACAGGCAUUGCCCUACUGUACCUGCAGUUGCACAGGGUGUCAGGAGAGGCCUCCCACCUGCAGAGAGCGUUGGACUAUGUGAAAAGGAGUAUGAGGAUCCUUAAUGGGCGUAGAGUGACCUUCCUGUGCGGAGAUGCUGGGCCCCUGGCAGUCGGGGCUGUGGUGCACCACAAACUGGGCAACAGUGCUGAGAGCAAAGACUGCCUGUCCCGUCUGCUGCAGCUGCAGGCCUCUGUGCUGGGCCCUGAUGUAGACAUGCCUGAUGAGAUCCUCUAUGGGCGCUCAGGAUACCUCUUUGCUCUGCUUUAUGUUUGCAAAGAGAUUGGAGCUGAGGCUGUGGAGGAGGCCAUGCUCUCACAGGUGGUCACAUGUAUUGUGGAGUCUGGAAAGAGCUUAUCAGCAGAGCAGAAGAAGUCUGAGCGUUGCCCCCUGCUGUACGAAUGGCACAAGAAGCAGUAUGUGGGAGCAGCUCAUGGCCUGGCUGGCAUCUACUACAUACUCUUGCAGCCCAGCGCCAAAGUUCACCCUGACAUGUUGACAGAGCUGAUCCGGCCUAGCAUCGACUAUGUCCGCCACAAGAGGUUUCGCUCAGGCAACUUUCCCUCCUCCCUGAGCAAUGAGUCCGAUCGCCUGGUGCACUGGUGCCAUGGGGCGCCCGGGGUCAUCCACAUGCUUCUGUUAGCCCACAAGGUGUUUAAAGAGGAGAAGUACCUGAAGGAAGCCUCAGACUGUGCUGAGGUCAUCUGGCAGCGCGGCCUGCUUCGGAAAGGCUAUGGCAUCUGCCAUGGCACUGCGGGCAAUGGUUAUGCCUUCCUCUCCAUGUACAAAGUCACCCAGGAGCAGAAGUACCUGUACCGUGCCUGUAAGUUUGCAGAGUGGUGUUUGGACUAUGGCACCCAUGGCUGCCGGAUCCCAGACAGACCCUACUCUCUGUUUGAAGGAAUGGCUGGGACCAUCUACUACCUGUCUGAGAUGGCAAACCCUGAGGCGUCAUGUUUCCCGGCCUUUGAACUCUGAUACUGACUUAGGACCUCACAGAGGAGGGACCCUAACAAAGGAGAAGGGUCCUUAGGAGCCCUUGUUGUGUUGUACCUGCAGGACUGUGGAGCAGGCGUGGACUGUAUUGUGUGUUGUCUGUUCUGGCAGCACUGAGGCCAGAGACCCUGGCUGUGCAUGCUCUGUGUAACUGGUGUCUCUUCUUCAGCUCUGCUCCUGUCACCAUGCAACAUGUGUUCUGAAUACGACACGUCCAAUAGCAUGCACAGGGCACAAAGGAUGCUUUGCCUGUUCAGCUUGGCUUCACCACCAUUUUAAUUAACUCUAACUGCAUUAUCCUCCAUGUGCCUGUUUUGCAUAAAACUUUGACUCAAAACCACUAAUAGAACAAAAUGGGGGUUCUAGACAUUCUUUCUUUGUUUUUUGUUUUUUUUCAUGUAGGCCAUUAAAUAUUUAGCCUGGCCAGCUAAGAAAGUAGAGGGGCUGGCUCCUCAGGUUAUCAAUAUGCAAAUUCCUUUCACUGAAUAUCUUUGACUUUAGGAUGACAGUGGUUUAGAGGGUAAAGAUUUCACCCACAACUGGAAGGUUGCUGGUUAUAUCCCCCAUGUGCAUACUGCUGCUACAUGCAUACUAGUAUUAAAGAUACAGGUGCACUUUUAUCUCUGCACUUGUCAGAAGCAGUGAGAAACUUCAAUUCAGCACCUGGGGACCCAUCUCCAGAUUGUACAGAACCUAGAGGACACUGGGAGAACAUGCAAACUCCACACAAAAAACACCCAUCUAACCUAGGAGUUGAACCAGCUUGCAGUGGGAAAGAAUGUUUACCACUUAGCCACUGUGCCUAGACAGUUUGUCCUCACUACCUACUCCAAUGUCUUUGUGUGGUUGGUAGGAAGGGUCUCUGACAAUAAAUGCCAAACUGAAUAAAGGGUAAACUAGAUUAAAAAUAAUAGAAUAUCAUUUUAGUGACAACAUUUAUGUGACAUGUUUUGCAUCCUAAUGAUUCCAAUCUUCUUUCUUUUUGACAUCAUUAUACGUUUCUGUGGGAGUAAACAGUAAGAGGACUGUACUUGUCUGUGUUGUACCUCCCUCUGCAGUGUCCUGUCUGUUCUGUAGCUGUAUGUCGUGUGGUGCCGACAGCCCGUGAAUGCACAGACCUCCUGAAUGUGAGUGCAUGCGUCUGAUUGGCCAGCCCUGUAACUAUGCUUCUGUGUCCAUGCAGCCCAAGAAUAAGUGUGUGCUUGUUUCUAUUUCACAUUCUAAGUACCUUUAACAAUUCUCAAAAGUGCCAACUAAUAAACUGGUGUUCCCAAA